UAAAUGAGGUGGCAAGUAAAGGAAGGAAUUUGUAGAAAAAAUAAUACCUCCAUCUAGAAUAAGUUUGUUGAGUGGUGGCUCCACCAGAUUUCAUGAUCUUGAACGACCAUCCUCCAACUGCAUUUCUGCCGAUGAAUAAACCCCCAAUGGAGUUUGUCUCUCAGUCUCUCUCCAUUUAAAUCAGUAAGCAUCAAGAUCAUAUCAUUCUUCGAUAAAGAGAAAUUCCUAGUGGUCAGCUAAGUGGAUAUAUCUUCUUCAUAGUGGUUCGAGAAAUUGUGACAACUGUAUAAGACAGUACACUUACUAUAUUCUCUUCUUUCACAUUUUGUUUUACCCUUUUUUCAGUACCAUUAAAAAUAGAGAACUUUAUCUGAUUCUUAAAUUUCACUUCUCUAGAAACUAUUGUAGUUAAAUUCCUGAAGUCGAAUUCACCCAUCCCGAACCCUUGCUCUUCCUCCUCAUCUCAAUCUCAUUAAGCCCUUGAAAGCUCGAACAUCGCUCAAUGUUAAACUUCGGAGUACCAUAGUCAACAACUUUAGUGAGCUUUAUCAUCAAGCAGAAGCCCCAAAAUUGUGUUAAAUCAUCAUACAAAGGGAGAUCAAAGGCUGAAAUCACUUCCAAGAACAAAGGAUUGAUUCCUCUCUGAAAAUCACCGGAAAUGGUACCAAAAAUACCACCAAAUUCUCGGAUAUCUUCAACAAAACAACCUUAUACUCAGCUCCAUGUCUUCUCUUUGUGGUCAAAUUGUUCGUAUAUAUGAACCCGAGACCACGUCCAGCAAGCCCAGGAACCGUACCCGGACCAGUCUCUUCCUACUUUAGGAUUAAACUUUCAAUUAUACGCUGAGGUUUCAAACUCCACUCCUUCUGAGUCUCAAAAAGUGCAUUUGGAUGGGUGAUUUAAAAAAAUGACCUUGAAAAUGGAUGGUCUUGAAUUUUUUAUCUCGUUUGUUAAAUUUUUUGACGUUUGGCUUUGAAGGUUUGCUUAUAUGACAGACGGGGAGUCAAAAGUUUAAAACCACUCUUUUUCAAGGUCAUUGGGUGUUAAUUCCUGGAGAAUAAUUCUAUAAAUUCACUCUUAAAAUUAUUUAUGUUCUCCCCCUAAACAAGACAUAUUAACAGCUACUCUAGGGGUAUAUGCAAAGAAAAUCGACAAAUCAUACCAAAUUGAAAAAAAAUCCAACUAGUGAUUUGAUUUGACCUAAUUCGGUAAAGAAACCAACCAAGUAUGUACACCUAGCUACUUUUAUUGUGUUAAUCCUCAUUGAUAGUGAAACUUUUGGUCUACUCCUCGCCUUUCAUCAUUCAUUUCACAUUUUGUCAAACUUGGAUUUUGUUUCUAAAUCUUUUCCAAUAUGCAGACAUCCGUAUUUCAACAACAUUAUCUAGUGAAUAUAUCAGCCAGAUUAAGUAAGAAUUGUAAAGAAAAUCACCAUUGCUCAAUUAUAACAAUGGGAACAUGAUCCCAAGUUUCUGUAGAAUAAUAGUUAAGAAUCAAACGAUGAAUAGAUCGUGUCAGUACAGGGAUGAUAAAAACAUGACAACUAGAACAAUGUUUCAGUCCCAAACAAGUUAAGAUCGACUGUAUGAAUCCUCAUUUCAUCAUUUAAGCUCGUAGUACAUCAUCUUAUCCUAAAAACAUGAAUGAGGAGAAAUUCUAGGAAAAAUAGGAAUGCCCGUUAAAACCCAGAUUCCUCUUUGACACAAUUGGCAUCAUUUUUGGAGAAGCAAUGUGUGUACAAAUAAAUUCAUGGAGUGAUGAUUUGUUACACGCCAAAAAAAGGAUAAGGGGGGUAUUUUAGUCAAUUCCUACUAUCGGUUGGUUAAGCAAGCUGUUAGAAGUUAGUUAAGUAGUUGGGGAGUAGUUAGUGAUAGAAAUAAAGGAGAAUCAGAGACAGUUAGCAGAAGUUAGCAUAUAUACUCUCCGAGAUCACACAAUGUAAAGGGAGAUUAGAAAGUCAUUAAAUAAUAUCUCAUAUUCUCUCUUGUUCUUGAAUAUUGUUGUAUUGUUGUUCAGAAGCUAUUCAAUCCCUAGCUUCGUAGACUUUACAGUGAGGUGCUUGUCAAUUAGCACGUUACAUUGGUAUCAGUGCAGUCGGUUCUUGGACUGAUAACCAAGUCAGAUGCUCCGGCGAACACCAGGAAUGGCGAACUUCGGUGAGAGGUCGAUGAAUUGCGCGACCAGUUACGGGUACAGGGAGAUGCGUUGGGUGAAAUUGGGCAGUUGUUGAGGGCUAUGGCGGAUAAUCAACAAACACGGCCACCGGCGGCAGAAAUUCCGACAGAAAUGGAGAACAUCGGAGGUCAAGCUAAUCUCAGAAAUUCCUAGGUUUUAUGGGGACGAUAUUAAAAGUUGGGUGUAUAAGGCGGAGCAAUAUUUCGAAUAUAUGUCGACGCCGGAGGGAAAAAAAGUGCAAACCGCCAUGAUUUACAUGGAGGGGAAGGCACUCCAGUGGCAUCAAGCCUAUAUGAAAGCAAGGUUGGGUGCGAUUCCCAGUUGGAGCAAUUAUAUUAGGGCAGUACACCUUCGAUUUGGGGAUAUCGAACAUGCUGAUCCGUUGGGGGAACUAGUGGCUCUCAAACAAACAGGUAGCGUGCAAGAAUUUUUGGAUAAAUUUGAUGAGUUAUUGAAUCAAGUGGAGAUAACAGAGGAGCAGUCGAUUAGCAUAUUCUUAGCCAAUUUGAACCCAGAAGUAGAGGUACAGGUGCGGAUGUUGGGGCCUAGGACAUUGAUGAAAGCUUACAACCAAGCAAAAUUAGCAGAACAAUCAUUGAAGUUACAACAUGGUCAUACACAAACACUGGUGAGAAAUUCCAGACCGUUGCUUGCGAAUCCUCAGAGUUCAUGGGUAAAUCAAGCAAGAAGAGGGAAUGUACAUCAAGGAGGGAACAAUAAGUGGAUGGAAAAUCCCAAAGAAGUGGGGAAUGGAAGCAAGCCAUCAUUCAAGGGCACAAGGAGGCUUACUACUGCAGAAAUGGGUGAAAAACGGGCUAAAGGACUAUGCUACUGGUACGAUGAGAAAUACAACAUCAACCAUAAGUGCAGCAAGAAGAAGCAAUUGUUUAUAUUGGAGAUGGAGGAAGAAGAUGAUGAAGAUAUGGAGUGGCAAGACGCGACCGAAGAGGUGAACAAGGAGAGGAUUCAUCCUUCCAGGCUCAAGUGUCUAUGCAUGCAUUCAAUGGUACUAGCGAUUAUAGGACCAUGAAGGUGAAGGGAUCGCUUAAGGGCAAGAUGGUACAUGUCCUCAUUGAUUCGGGGUCGACGCACAAUUUCAUAGAUUUAACUGUGGCUAAGAGGUUGGGUUGUAGGAUGGAGGAGGUACAUCCCUUUGCAGUUUCGGUCGGAGAUGGGAGUAAAGUGCACAGUUCUUUCAUGAGCAGAGAAGUACACUGGAAAAUGCAAGGUGUAGAUUUUCGAGCGGAUAUGUUGGUUAUUCCCUUAGGAGGGGCUGAUGUUGUAUUAGGGAUCCAAUGGUUAAUUACUUUAGGUGACAUAAGAUGGAACUUCAGUCAAUUGAAAAUGGAAUUCCAGAUGGGACAUAGAAAAAUCUCGUUGAGAGGUAGUCAGCCAGGAACUUUUAAGGUGGUUGCAGAUGUCAAGAUGUUAAAAAUUCUAAAUAAACCAAGCUAGCUUAGCAUGAUGUCCAUGGCUUUCGUUCAAGUAGCUCCAGGUGAUAGUACGCAGAAAUCAUCAGAGGAGAUUCCAUUGGAGGUACAGAGCAUUUUAAAGCAGUAUGAAUCCUUGUUUGGGGUGCCUAAGGGGUUACCUCCCCACCGGAGUCAUGAUCACAGGAUCAUCUUGAAGGAAGGAACUAAUCCCAUCAAUGUAAGGCCCUAUCGAUAUGCAGCCACUCAAAAGGAUGAAAUAGAGAAGAUGAAAUCCGAGAUGCUGGAAUCAGGGGUCAUUAGACCAAGUGUGAGUCCUUUUUCUUCCCCUAUAGUGAUGGUUAGGAAAAAAUAUGGAACUUGGCGACUUUGUAUUGAUUAUAGAAAGUUGAAUGCUAGCACUAUAAAGGAUAAAUUUCCCAUACCUGUCAUAGAGGAAUUACUGGAUGAAUUAGGGGGGUCCAAGUUCUUCUCAAAGCUAGAUUUAAGAUCCGGAUAUCAUCAGAUUCAAAUGAGCGAGCAAGAUAUUGAGAAAACUGCAUUUAGAUCUCACAACGGGCAUUAUGAGUUUGUAGUUAUGCCAUUUGGCCUAACUAACGCCCCUUCCACAUUCCAAAGCUUGAUGAACACUAUAUUUCAGUCAUUCUUAAGGAAGUUUAUAUUGGUUUUCUUUGACGAUAUCUUAAUCUACAGUUCUUCUUGGAAUGAACAUUUGGAUCAUAUGCAGCAGACCUUUGAGGUUUUGAAAAAUCAUAACUUGUUUAUUAAACUCAGCAAAUGCUCACUUGCCAAGAGUGAAGUAGAUUAUCUGGGGCAUAUUAUCACACAACAUGGGUGUCAGCUGAUCCUAGUAAGGUGAAAGCCAUGAUGGAGUGGCCUGUUCCCAGAACUGUCAAACAACUCAGGGGGUUUCUUGGUUUGACUGGAUAUUAUAGGAGGUUUGUGAGAGGUUAUGGAGUGUUGGUCAAACCCCUAACUGACUUAUUAAAGAGGGAGAAGUUUGAGUGGUCUGCUCUUGUUGGCAGUGCAUUUGAGAAGCUCAAGACUAAGAUGAGCACCAUCCCUGUCUUAGCACUUCCUGACUUCACCAAAGAGUUUGUGGUAGAGACUGAUGCAUGUCUAAAGGGGAUUGGAGUUGUGUUAAUGCAGGACAACCACCCUUUGGCUUAUAUAAGUAAAGCCCUGAGUCAGCAACACCUCAAUUUAUCAGUUUAUGAGAAAGAAAUGCUAGCAAUAGUGAAGGCCAUUGAUAAAUAGAGACCCUACCUGAUCGGGAGACAUUUCAUUAUAAAGACGGAUCACCAACCUUUGAAAUACCUUUUGGAGCAAAGAGUAUCUACUCCGAGCCAACAAAAGUGGGUUGCAAAGCUGAUGGGGUAUGACUACACUAUAGCCUAUAAAAGCGGCAAAGAGAAUUUGGCUGCAGACGCUUUGUCUAGAUGCCCCGUAUCUCAAGAGGUGCACCUACUGACUCUCACCACCAUUUCCUCUGAUUUUUUGGAAAGAGUCGAGACUUCCUAUGCUAAUGAUGACCAACUAUCAGAAUUGAGGCAACAAUUAUUGACUAAACCUCUGAGUCACCAUUAUACCUGUUGAAAGAUGGGGUGUUGUAUAGAAAGGGCAGGAUAGUUGUGGGGGCAGAUCAAGGGUUGAGGCAAGAGAUACUACACAACAUGCACGAUAUUGCAAUAGGGGGCCAUUCAGGAGUGUCUGUUACUCUUUUUCGAAUCAGUCAGGUUUAUUAUUGGAAGAAAUUAAAGAAGGAUGUGUACUCUUAUGUGAAGCAGUGUGAGAUUUGUCAAAAAUGUAAAGGGGAGUGUGUCAACCAUCCCGGCCUAUUGCAGCCACUUCCCAUUCCAGAGAAAGUAUGGCAAGGCAUUAGCCUUGACUUCAUUGAGGGUCUACCCAAGGCUCACAAUAAGUCUGUCAUCUUGGUGGUUGUUGAUAGACUCAGUAAAUAUGCUCAUUUCAUUUGUUUAGGCCAUCCCUAUACAGCAGCUACUGUAGCACAGGUCUUCUUAGACAAUGUAUAUAACCUCCAUGGCUUGACUCACACUAUAGUAAGUGAUAGAGAUGUGGUAUUCCUUAGCAAGUUUUGGCAAGCCCUAUUUGCAGUACAAGGGGUUCAGUUGCACCAUUCUUCAGCCUAUCAUCCUCAAUCCGAUGGGCAAACCAAAGCUGUCAAUAAGUGUGUGGACGGAUACCUACGAUGUAUGUGCAGUGACAGGCCCAAAUAGUGGGUCCAUUAGUCACCGCUUGCGGAAUGGUGGUAUAACACCACCUACCAUUCAGCUAUUAAAAUGACUCUAUUUGAGGUUUUGUAUGGUCACAAGCCUCCUACUCAUUUGCCCUAUGUUCCUCACAGUUCCUUGGUGGAGACAGUAGAUAGGAGUCUGCAAGCAAGGGAAAGUACUAUUAGAUUACUCAAGCACCAUCUCAUGCUUGCCCAAUCCCGAAUGAAGUCCCAGGCUGACAAACACAGGUGUGAUCGGGUAUUUGAGGUGGGGAAUAGAGUAUUUGUCAAGUUGCAGCCCUACAGACAACUCUCUUUGAAGAAUCAUGCUUAUCAUAAGUUGAAUCCCAAGUACUUUGGUCCUUUUGUGGUGCUCAAGCGUGUUGGUUCAGUCGCUUAUAAACUACAAUUGCCUCCUCAGGCCAGAAUUCACAAUACCUUUCAUGUUUCUCAGUUAAAGAAGCACAUUAGGGACAAACCUGUUGUUCCUGAUCUGCCAGUCGCACUCUCUUCUCAUGGUUAUGUGGUGUUGGAGCCUGAAUCUAUACUGGAGACCAGGACACUUCAUAAAGGGGUGUCAGCCAGCACUUAGUGAAGUGGUUUAAUUGUCCUUCGGAGGACAGCUCGUGGGUAUCGGAUGCCUACACUCUACAACAGCAGUUUCCUCAUUUUUGUCCUUGAGGUCUAGGACUUCUUAUGGGGGAAAGUAUUGUUACGCGCCAAAAAAGUUAAGUAGUUAGGGAGUAGUUAGUGAUAGAAAUAAAGGAUAAUCACAGACAGUUAGCAGAAGUUAGCAUAUAUACUCUCCGAGAUCACACAAUGUAAAGCGAGAUUAGAAAGUCAUUAAAUAAUAUCUCAUAUUCUCUCUUGUUCUUGAA